GUCAUAUUUGGUCCUCCGGAAAUAUCCACAGCUCGGGUAAGCCAGUCCCAAUGCAGCGAGGGAAUAGUUAUGCCCCAAAAUGGAUUCUCAGUUGGCCUCAGUCCUAACAAGUGGCAGCCUGAAAGUCCAAAAUGGCAGCCAGUGUGCAGAGGCACAGGAGCCCGUGACAAAGGUCGUUCUGGACCAAAAGGAUAAAAAAUUCCCACCCAGUACCAAACCGGGUAACCUGAAGUCUGGCUCAGUCAGAGCUGCUGUGACCAUCCUCAGGCGAGAUGCUCAAUCAGUCAACAGGGAACAGCCAGAGGUGGGCGGGACAUCUGAGCCGGUCUCUCAGGAAACCAGUAAGAUUGCUGGCAUUGGACAGCCAAUUACAGCCAAGCAUGGGGUGCCGGUCCUGGGUAAGCAACCAAUAAGGAUCAGAAUUGUUGUCCCCCCUGAGUGCAAUAGGCCAAUGAUAAACUGUGCUUUCAGCCCAACCAAAGACACUUCUGGGUCACAGUUUAGUGAAACUUUGAUUUCUGCUGAAGGAGAUUUCACAGAAAACAACAGAGAACAAGUCCCCAUAUCAGCUCCUCAGAAGAAAGAAGAGAUUAGUGGAGAUGCUACAGCAGAGAGAAAUGUAAAAAUCAGACAAAUGGAUGGGUCAGACUCUGAUCUAAUCUCCAAUACCGAUACAGUUAAAGUUUUGAGCCAUCAUUGGAUUAAAGAGGAACCUACAGAGAAAUCAGUUGAGCAUAAUAUUCCUCUGAUAGUUCAAGAAAUGAACACCAGGUCUUUUAGAACAUUCAGUGAGGCAGAAAUGGAGGAACAGAUGGAGCCGCUGGAUCUGAGUCUGCCCAAGACAAAAGAGAAGAUCUACGGGCGCUUUCUGGAGGAUCCGGGAUGUGCGAGCCCCCUGAUAAUGGAGGUGGAUGAGUUUGAGGGAGAUGGAGACAGAGACAUGGUGGAGGGAGACAGUGAUGAGGGCUCUGUGGACUUUCCUACUUGCGUCCUUAAAUCCCUUUCUUCAGGAGAGGACAAUGAAAACCUUCUCCUUAUUGACGAUCAAGGAAUCCCCUAUACUCUAAGUCCAGAUGGACUCAAAGUGCCCCAAAUUGAUGCCUCCAUCUUAGGGGGCCAUCAGUCGGAUCAGGUUCAUUUGAUACAGAAGGAAGAGGAAGACGGGUCAUCAGAUUUGGCAGGUCCAAGCUAUAGCCAAAGUUUAGAGAAUGCACUAGAUGCACCUGGUGAUUUUCCUGCCAGUGAUCUGUCUCCACAAGGAAGUGAUACGUUAAAUCUGAUGACUAACUCUGAUACUUCAGUUGCUGUAGAGCUGAAUGUCAAAGAUACUCAGGAGGCUAAAACAGCAGUAACCCCUUUAUCGGGGAUAUCACUCUCUAGUCAAACUAUUCAAAUCUUGACCAACCCUUCGACCAGUGCUCCCCUCCUCCUCCUGUCUUCCUCCUCCCCUCAGCUCUCCUCUCCUCCGGUUGGUCUCUCGCUUCCCCUCUCAGUGACCUCACCGGGUGCUUCCACACCCAUGUUGCUUCUCCUCUCCUCUGUACCCUCCACAUCUACAGAUUCCACCUCUACCUCCACCCCCAUUGCUGUCCUCGACCCCUCGACUGGUCAGCUGUCCCAGGUUACUGCAACCUCAGGUCAAGUGUCUCUCCCUUUGUCUUCGGGUCAGGUCAACGCACUCGGAUCGCCUCUUUCCAACUUUUCUAACCCUGUAAUCAGACUGGAUCCCAGCAACUCGCCUCUCAUCCUGUCAGGUGUUGACAGCAUGGCCUCUGGCCCCGUCCUCACCUCCCUCACUGUCCCCUCCCCCACCGUCUGUUUGCAGGACAGCUCCCUCAGCACGGCGAUCCAAACUCAGACCUGCUACUCUCAGUCAAACCCAGGAAGUGAAGCCAUAUCUAACGAAGAAGUCACCAGUGAAAACAACAAGCCAUCAUCUUUUGCAGCCACCUCUGCACAGUCCCACUCUCCGACCUGUGACCCCACAAUUCUACAUCCUUCCGAGGCAGAGGCCCAGUUACCAUCCUCAGAAUUGAAGUUUGGUUCCUCAGAUUUCCACUCAGAGCAUCUUCCUCUGGAUGACCACCUCUACUUCUCCAACGCCACAGCUCCCCCACCUCCGUCUCCUUCACCUCCCAUUGGACCCCUCCUUCCGUCAGGCAAGCUGGACUCUCUUGACGCUCUGGACCCCCUCUCACCGGCGGAGUCUCCCACCAACCUGGGCCCCCGCAGGGUGCUGUGCUGCCAGCUGUGCCCUCGGAUCUUCUUUUACCUCUCUGACCUGGAGCGGCAUGCCAUCACACACUCUCAGAAGAAGCCUCAUGUCUGCCAGCAGUGCGGCAAAGCCUUCAAACGCUCCAGCCAUCUGCAGAGACACAAGCACAUCCACACAGGCCAAAGGAACUUUGUGUGCCCCAUCUGCACCAAGCGUUUCAGGGAGGCCGGCGAACUGCACCGCCAUCAGCGGGUACACACCGGAGAGAAACCCUACCAGUGCCAGCUUUGCCACACACGUUUCGCCGAGCGCAACACCCUGCGACGACACACUAAACGCAAACACCCGUUUCACCAGGUGGCUGUGGAAAUGCUUAACGAGAAAAAAGACAGAGGAGACAGGGCAGGAGGCGCCGGCAGAGGAGGUGCGCAGGAGGAAGAGGAGAGCGCCGAGUGGUAUAGCUCUACCGUAUCCACUCUGGAUAACUCUGAGUCUGAGGUGGACACUGCAAACUGAAUGAAGGGACGAUCACCCCACUUAGGGUCUAAACCUUGACAUUUAAUGAAGGGAGCUUUCAGCAUUUAUUCCAGUUUAGAUAUGAAGUACUAAUUAUCCCCAUUCUAAUUAAUGGGCCAAAAUCACAGGCAUAAUGUUUUUU